CCGCGGGAUAUAAAUAGAGAAGCAGAACAGAACAAAGUUUGAGGAGAGAGCCUUACAUCCCUCACUCUCUCCACCCCAAGCGCUGGGGGACAGACAGACGGACGAGGUGUAAGCCUGAGUCACACCAGAAGGACUCGGGCAGCAACGCACCAGCCCAGGAGCCCGAGGGAGCUCCAGACACAAUUCCUCCCACUUCCAGGAAAAAGAGAAACUUCCAACUCUGAACCUGGGUGGAUGCCACUGGAGACUCUUGACAGAAACAGAAAACCGUGAGGGACCCACGAUCACCCCCUGAGCCUCGGUGCUGCAGUCACAGCCCUGGAUUUCUUCUCGGGAGCCGGGAUCGGAAGCUGCCUUUCUCCUCCCUGCGUCCCCGUGCCGGUCUGAUCGUUCCCAUGUGUUUAUUGAUCACCGAACACCCUUGAGUCCGGAGACGAAGACGAGACACCCAUUAACUCUCAUGACCCUCUGCCUUAACUCUCUGCAGUUCACAAACUCUAGUGAGACAGAAGGUUUUCUUCUUUCUGGAACCUGUGAAAAUGUCCCUUUCCCAAGGGAGUGAAAGUUAAAGGCGCCACUUUGUCACAGACCCUCAGGAAUUCUGCACGGAUCACAUUUUCACCUCUGAAAACACCAUGAGGAAACUGCUGCCUCUUUGCUGCUGGCACUCCUGGCUGCUGUUGUUUUACUGUGAUUCUCAGGUGCACGGAGCCGACGCCAGGUCACAAGCCCAUCCAGGGUUUGACGUCUUGGCUUCUGCUUCCCAUUACUGGCCGUUGGAAAGUGUGGAUGGGAUCCACGAACUUCAGGAGACAACUGGAGAUAUUGUAGAAGGAAAGGUCAACAAAGGCAUUUACCUCAAGGAGGAAAAAGGAGUCACAUUUCUCUAUUACGGAAGGUACAAAACUUCUUGCAUCAGUAAUCCAGCACAGUGCGGCCCUGAGGGGGUCACGUUCUCUUUCUUCUGGAAGACGCAAGCAGAACAGUCCAGAACAACCCCUUUCGCGUUCGGGGGACAGGUCAUUUCCAACGGGUUCAAAGUCUGCUCCAGCGGCGGCAAGGGCUCCGUGGAGCUGUACACGCGUGACAAUUCCAUGACGUGGGAAGCCACCUUCAGCCCCCCAGGACCCUACUGGACUCACGUCCUGUUUACAUGGAAGUCCAGGGAGGGCCUGAAAGUCUACGUCAACGGGACGCUGAGCACCUCAGACCCAAGUGGAAAAGUGUCUCAUGCCUACGGGGAGCCCAACGUCAACCUCGUGAUGGGGUCUGAUCAGGACCAGCCCAAGCGCUACGAGAACGGCGCUUUUGACGAGUUCAUCAUCUGGGAACGGGCCCUGACGCCGGAUGAGAUCGCCAUGUACUUCACAGCUGCCAUUGGAAAGCAUGUUUUGUUGUCUUCAACGCCACCCAGCUUCCUCACGACACCCACAGCAAACACCAUGGUGCCCAUUGAUGCCUACCAUCCCAUCAUAACCAACUUGACAGAGGAGAGAAGAAACUUCCAGAGUCCUGGAAUUGUUCUGAAUUACCUUCAAAAUAUGUCCCUCAGCUUACCCAAUAAAUCCCUCUCAGAGGAAACAGCAUUAAAUCUCACCAAGACUUUCUUAAAGACCGUGGGAGAGGUUCUUUUUUUGCCCAGUUGGACUGCUGCAUCAGAGGACAGUGCCGUGGUGCUGGGCUUGAUAGACACCGUGGACACCGUCAUGGGCCACAUAUCUUUCAACCUGCAGGCCAGCGAGCCCCAGGUUGCCAUCACGGGCUCCUCAUCCAUGGCAGACUUUUCCGUGGCCAAAAUGCUCCCCAAGACCAUGAAUUCCUCCCACUACCGCUUCCCGGCCCAGGGGCAGAACUACAUCGAGAUCCCCCAUGAGGCUUUCCACAGCCAAGCCUGGACCACCGUCGUGGGCCUUCUCUACCACUCGGUGCACUAUUACUUGAGCAGCAUACAGCCGGCCAACACCAAGAUUGCUGAGGCAGCAAACUACAAAAACUGCUUGCUGUCUGUGACCAGCUAUCUGAUUUCCCUGGAGGUCUUCCCGACGCCGAAGCUCUCCCAGAACUUAUCGGGCUCCCCGCUCAUCACUGUUCAUCUCAGGCACCAUUUGACUCAAAGGCAGUACAUCGAGGCUACCAAUGAGAGCAACCGAAUCUUCCUGUAUUGUGCCUUCCUGGACUUCAGCUCCGGAGAAGGCAUCUGGUCGAACCAGGGCUGCGCUCUCACUGAAGGGACCCUCAGCUACUCUGUCUGCCGCUGCACGCACCUCACCAACUUCGCCAUCCUGAUGCAGGUGGCCCCGCUGGAGCUCACGCGCGGACACCAGGUGGCGCUCUCGUCCGUCAGCUACAUCGGCUGCUCGCUGUCCGUGCUCUGCCUGACCAUCACGCUGGUCACCUUCGCCGUGCUGUCCUCGGUCAGCACGAUCCGGAACCAGCGCUACCACAUCCACGCCAACUUGUCCUGUGCCAUCCUGGUGGCCCAGGUCCUGUUGCUCAUCAGCUUCCGCUUCGAGCCGGGCACGACCCCGUGCCAGGUGCUGGCCAUGCUCCUGCACUACUUCUUCCUGAGCGCCUUUGCGUGGAUGCUGGUGGAAGGGCUGCAUCUCUACAGCAUGGUGAUCAAGGUCUUUGGAUCAGAGGACAGCAAGCACCGCUACUACUAUGGGAUCGGAUGGGGUUCUCCUCUUCUGAUCUGUAUCAUUUCAAUAGUCUUUGCCAUGGACAGUUACGGAACAAGUAAGAAUUGCUGGCUGUCGCUCGGGAAUGGUGCCAUCUGGGCCUUCGUAGCUCCUGCCCUGUUCAUCAUCGUGGUCAACAUGGGCAUCCUCGUUGCGGUGACCAGGGUCAUUUCACAGAUCAGCGCCGACAACUACAAGAUACACGGAGAUCCCAGCGCCUUCAAGUUGACAGCGAAAGCCGUGGCCGUGCUGCUGCCCGUCCUGGGAGCCUCGUGGGUCUUCGGCGCGUUUGCCGUCAACACCCAGACUGUGGCCUUUCAGUACGUGUUCGCCGCGCUCAACUCCUCACAGGGAUUUUUCAUCUUCCUUUUUCACUGUCUCCUGAAUUCAGAGGUGAGAGCUGCUUUCAAGCAUAAAACCAAGGUCUGGUCCCUCACGAGCAGCUCCACCCGCCAGGCCAACGUGAAGCCCUUCAACUCGGACAUCAUGAACGGGACCCGGCCUGGUACAGGCUCCAGCAAGCUCACCCCUUGGGACAAGAGCAGCCACUCCGGGCACCGCGUGGACCUGUCCGCCGUGUGAGCAGAGCGGCCGCGGACCCGGCAGCCUGCCGCUCAGAACCCCCCGACCCGCCGCAGACAGCACGCAAGCAUUGCUCUGCCUUCGCCACUGGGACCCUUUCCUCGUCGCUCUCUGGACCUGGGGGUCACGGCCCUCCCCCCUGCCCCCAUGACAGCCAUCCUCUCCUGCGACCCGCUCCUGUGACAGAGCCCACCGCCCAGCCCGCAGCCUGAUACACGGCGAGGGACGGCCCCCCGGAGCACACAGCGGUCCCUGCCCUUUAUCACUGCAAGUGCACAGACUCUCCACACUGUGUGCGCACAGGACCCAGGGGCCAUGGCACCAGGAGGGAAGUUUAGCCUCGGCAGGCGCCGCGAUGGGGACUUGGGACCAGAGACGUGGGGUCCCGCAGGGGAGGCUGGGCGGAGGUCCCUGGGGGCGCGUGGGGAAGUGCUCGAGGGUGUUUUCCACCUGCUGACUCCACCCAGCGCAGGGUCCCCAUGCCUGGCACCUGCUGACGCCCAGGGCGUCGGGCUGGGGGCACCGGCUGCCCAGCCCGUCUGUGCGCGGGGGUCUCCUGCUCCGGCAGCUCCUCCGCCUUCCUCGUGAGUGCUGGCUCUUCCGACUCCAAGUCAGCCUUCAGGUCGCCCCCUUUCCUGGCACCUGAGCCUCCUCUGUGUUCGCGGGGGCCCAUCAGAGCCGCCGUUUCCCAAGGCAUAACGUUCCCCAGAGGGUUUCUUCCUCAUCACCUGUAAAUGCUUUUCCGUGUUUCUAGCGAGCGGAUCACAGCGGAGGGGAGCGCAGUAGGUGAUUUCAUGUCGCCACAGGGGCAGACCUUGACGCACAGAGCCACUUGGCAGGCUGCUCCGGGGGGGGGGAGCCCUGGUCCUGACCGACCCGGGGAGAGAAGGGUGGCAAUAGCUGUAUCUUCUGAGUUGAUGUUAAUUUAUGGACCCGGACUCAGCCCCCUAGGAAAUGGGAUGAUCGUUAGGACUCCAUGUGUGGGCGAGACCCCGUGGAACGCUAGGGUUCGGUCAUAGACACGAACCGAAACGCCAUCGAAAAGCUGGGAAACAGGCUGUGAAAGGUCACCCUGUGAUGACGGCACCAAAGGUGCCUGUGAAAUGUGUGGGUACGAAAUUCCAACUUGUUUUCGAUACUGGAAAAUCUUCCUUGAAAACUGUGACGGCGACAGCAUUAAAGGCCUCCCCACCGCGUCGCCCCACCUCUCCCAACACGUUUGCUUUGUUUCCGAGUGAGAUUUUACAUCGUCUUGCAGACCUUUUCCAUCUUCCUCUGGCACCUUCGUGAAGUAACUCACGCCCUGAUGAUGAUGAAUGUGACAGCCAUCUUCAGGCAUC